UCUUGUCCAAUUCUCUCUCUCACAAAAUAUCUGUGUAUAUAUUAUUGGUAGAUUGAACAGGAGGAGUAGGAGGAGGAGGUAGGCUAAUCAUUUCCAGGCUAGAAAAACAUUAAAAACUCAGGUGAUUUGAGAUUGGUUAGUGCAUUGCCAUGUCAGGGAGAGUUAGGCCCUCUGCCUUGUGGCAUACUAAAGUUUCUUUCAAAUAGUAGCAUGGAGAAGAAAAAAAUAGAUGAAUAUGAACCAGGACCGCUUCCUUCACCAAGACCACUGGAUAGGUUUGGCUUUUUGAAGCAAGAGGUUAAUAAUUCAUCACAUGGUUUAACCAAAGGAAGGUCAGCUUAUGAAUUUGAGAGGGAGGAAAGAAGGGUAAGAAAAUGGAGGAAGAUGAUUGGGGUUGGAGGAAGUGAUUGGAAGCAUUAUGUUCGAAGAAAACCUCAUGUUGUUAAGAGGCGCAUACGGAAAGGAAUCCCUGACUGUUUAAGGGGUCUUGUUUGGCAGUUGAUAUCUGGAAGUCGAGACCUUUUGCUGAUGAACCCUGGGGUUUAUGAGCAACUACUUAUAUAUGAGACAUCAGCAUCGGAGCUGGAUAUAAUUAGAGAUAUUUCCCGGACCUUCCCAUCACAUGUUUUCUUCCAGCAGAGACAUGGUCCUGGUCAAAGGUCGCUGUACAAUGUUUUGAAGGCUUACUCUGUGUAUGAUAGGGAUGUUGGAUAUGUUCAGGGGAUGGGAUUUUUAGCUGGUUUACUGCUUCUUUAUAUGAGUGAAGAGGAUGCUUUUUGGUUGUUGGUUGCAUUGCUGAAAGGGGCAGUCCAUGCUCCAAUGGAGGGAUUAUAUCAGGUGGGCCUGCCUCUUGUUCAACAAUAUCUGUUUCAGUUUGACUGCUUGAUGAAGGAGCAUAUGCCGAAACUGGGAGAGCAUUUCACCCAAGAAAUAAUAAAUCCUAGCAUGUAUGCAAGCCAGUGGUUUAUAACUGUUUUCUCGUACUCUUUUCCAUUCCACUUGGCCCUUCGGAUUUGGGAUGUCUUCCUUUAUGAGGGUGUAAAAAUUGUUUUCAAAGUGGGUCUGGCACUGCUAAAAUAUUGCCAUGAUGACUUGGUCAAAUUGCCCUUCGAGAAGCUUGUACAUGCUUUGCGUAAUUUCCCUGAGGGUGCAAUGGAUCCAGAUACAGUACUGCCUAUGGCUAACUCCAUCAAGGUGUCCAGACGUUUGGAAGAGCUGAAACAGGAGUAUGACAAGAAGAAUGGAAAGCGAAGUCAUUCCACAGAAAUUAACAGGAAUCAGGAAGAGUUACAAUGAAGUUAAAGAUUGCAAGUCAACAGAAGUUCCUUGUGCUAACCAGCUCAUAAAGAUUUUGGCUGACACAGAAUUCUUAUCCAGCCAGAUGGGGUUGGUAGUGGGAGAUCAUCACAAAAUUAGGGCAACAGAAAUGCUUCAUAUGUGUCAUCAUCGAGAAAACGUGCAGUUGCCAAAUUGUUCUUGAGCAUCCUUAAACACCUGUAGAAUAGUUGAAGACGCAUGUUGUCUGGUCCUUGUGCCAAGCCUGCUGAUACACAUUGCUUGGAAACAUCAUGAUUAGUUUUUCAAUAAGAAGAUAGAUAUCUAGAGCACCAUUGAAGAAUCGCCUUUUUAUGGUAAGUUCCAUGCAUUUGCUGCAUGCUGCCUAGUGGUUUACUUUCCGCCCAACAUGCAAAAGCAUAGGCUCUAAUGAAGCCAAUGUCUCGACAGAAUUUAUUCCUAACCAGUGGAUGCCCGUGCAAUUUGACAGGAGUGUCGGCAUAUCUUCCCUUUAAUAAUGGUGCUGGCAACCAUUAAGGUUAAACUUGGUUAGGGUUUCAAGACAGAGGGAAGAUAUAUCUGGAAGAAUCAUAAAGAUGAUGGUUAGAAUGAUAGAACAGAAACCU